AUGCACUACACAUGUUGGAGAGGCGCCCAGAGCUUGGUUACCGGCUCUUUUGAUUCAGUUUUGAGUAAAGGCAACUGGAAAGCGUUAAGAAGUAAAUUCACUAUUGCGAACACGAGGACAGCCGCACAAUCGCACUCUAUUAUUCCAACGAGGCAUUUCCAAAGUAGUCUUCCACGGCUCCCCAUUCCGCCUCUCAGUGGGACGCUUCACAGGUAUGCAGCAGCGGUGAAAGCGUUAAUACCGAGUGCACAAUACGAAAAAACGAUAAAACUGAUCAAGAGUUUUGAGUUGAAGGAGGGGCGUAAACUACAAGAGGAGUUGGUACACACGGAUCGAGUCAACAAACACACGUCAUAUAUAUCUUCAGAUCUAUUUGAGUAUAAGUUUAAGAAACGCGACCCACUCCCGAUUCAUCAUCACACAUGCAUCUUUGUGCGACCACUGAAAAAGGUAGAUGAUAUGUUGAUGCGAGCAACACAUUGGAUUACGCAGAGUGUGGUAUUUUACAACCUCUAUCUAAACAACACCCUUCGACCUGAUAUCUUUUACGUAGGUAAUACCAAGAACGCCUACUAUCAUCAGGAUUGGUUUGAUCGAACGGUGGCACUGUGUCCUGGGUAUUUUAGUGCGCCUUUCAUGACAGCCAUUUCGAAUCAUCAUGCUUUUCCUUUAGAUUUAUCGCAGAACGAUACCCUCUUUAAUAGCACUCGUGUCCCUGGUGUCUUACAAGACGAAAUCCAUGCUGUCGGCUUCAUGCCGCACAUCAUUGUGCAACAUCGCGGUCACCAGUUUAGCGUCACAGUUGCAACUGAGGAAUGCAACCCACUUCCAGAGGAGGAGAUUUAUGCACGACUGAAGGCGAUUGUGGCGUUAAACGUCUUCCCAGCACGGGUGGAUGUAGGUAUUUUUACGUCAUUGCCACGGAGUGACUGGAGCGUUGUGCGGAACAUGUUGCUUCGUGAUGUGGUGAACACAAGAAGUCUAGAACAAAUAGAGACCAGUAUGUUUGUCCUAAACUUGGAUGAUGAGAUGGAGGACGGAAAUGGGGAUUUUACGUUAGCUCCACAAAAGGCUGCAAAACUGCAGAUGUCCAAGAGCAUUAACCGAUGGUGGGAUAAAAGUUUUUCUGUCAACGUAGCACACGAUGGGUCCCUGAGUGUGAGUUAUGAGGAAAGUUGGUGUGACGGCGCUGCUGUCCGGAGAUAUAUCACAGAUGUUCAAAAUCAAUGUGCGCAGAGCAGUGGUGACACAUCAACAAUUGACUCAGAUUUAGCACCCAAUGAACCAAUUCAGCAGUUGAGUUGGUGUAUUCCAGCGGAUCUUGAGCAAGUCGCCUUAAAGGCACGCAGCCGUCUCGAGUACGAGGCUAAUCAAUUAGAUCUCUAUGCUGAUGUUUUAGACAACUUGCCUACACGGUCUUCACUUGCUUUAUCAAACAGAGGUCUUACUAUGGAUGCACUUUUACAUCUUUCCCUUCAAUUAGCCUGGUGGCGGUUGUAUCGUAGCACGGUGUCCUCCGUGCAGCCGCUGAAUUUAGGCAUCUUCCGUCGUGGUCGCACGGACUACAUUUAUACUGCUACGGAGCUUAGUCAAAAUUUUACUAUUGCUUCUAUGGCUAAUGCAGUAGAUGACGUUGCAAACCUACCAGCUUCAACGGCAAAACUGUGCUUUCAAGCUGCACGAGAGUAUCAAGAGGCGGUUAAACUUGUUAUGCUUGGCAACGGUAUCCAUAAUCAUCUAUUUGCCUUGAAUAUCAUAUCGAAUCGCUUUUACGGCCGUACACCGCAGUUGUUUUUGGGCGAUACUUACACUACUUUGUGCGAGCCCAAGCUUUUCAUGACGGAGUGUUGCUCUCUCGCAGCGGCAGCGGCCUUAGUAACACCACGGAAGGAAGGCUAUGGGAUAUCGUAUACACGUGUUGGUAAUGCUUUAGUGUUAAUGAUAUCGACCUGGAAGAACGUUUACAGUCCUCAAAGCGAUGCAGCGGAGUUUACCGAGACGCUAAUUCGUUCCAUCAAGGAUAUCUACAAUUUAUUUCAGAUCCCCUCAAAAUGA